AUGGAUGGAACUCUUAUGGGAAAUAAGCACGUUGUUGCUAUAUCGGUAAAUUGUGUUGACGGUGGAUCAUCAUCUCAAAUAGCUCAAAAUCUAGUACCAGUAGGAAUUUUCGAAAUUCAGAAAGAAUCAAAUGAGCUUCUACGUAAAACAUUACCUAAAGAGUUUCUUGAAUUGAUUCAGUCUAUAAAACAAUUAGGAGUCACUCGAACGAAAUAUAUAACUGUAAAAAUUCGUUUAGGUGGAGACUUUCAAAAUGCAGUACUUGAAAUGAACCUUGCAGAUCCAAAUGAUCGAGUAGUUAUGGGCCGAUAUGUUCGAACAGGAGCAUUUAAUGAAGCCGAUAUUGAAGAAGAUGAAUCUGCUAAAGAAAGUUUGAGUUCUUCUUUAAAUCUAAAUGGAUCGAACGAAUCUUCAUCUGACACUACUGAAGAUGAAGAGAUAAACAGUAAUCAAGAAAAGAAAGAAUUUGAUUCAGUGCCAACCUUUAUGUCAAGAAAUAUUUUUCAAGUUAAGCCAAGAGAAAAUCGUUGGAAGAGUUUUAAGAGGAGACAUAAUUAA